GUCAAGGCUGCGCUGGUCGCACUGGUGCGCAACACCGACCUGCUCGGCAUGCGGCAGACGAUCCGGCAGAUCGAGGACCGCUUCAACUCGCGCUUCAACUACCCAUACAUAUUCCUCAACGAUGUGCCGUUCACAGAGGAGUUCAAGGCAGGCGUCCGCAUCCUGACCAGCGCCAACGUGUCGUUUGGCGAGCUCGACAGCGAGAGCUGGGGCAUGCCUGAGUGGAUCGACCGCGAGCGCUUUGAGGUGGUAAAGAGGACUGCGCGCUACCCGCACGGCGGCAGCGACAGCUACCGCAAGAUGUGUCGGUUCCAGAGCGGGUUCAUCCACAAGCACCCGCUGCUGGCCGACCUCGAGUUCUACUGGCGCAUCGAGCCCGACGUCGAGUUCUUCUGCGACCAGGAGUACGACCCGUUCGUGUACAUGAAGGAGAACGGGCUCAAGUACGGCUGGGUUAUUGGCAUGACCGAGUUCAUGGACACGGUGGCGACGCUGUGGAACACGACCAUGGGCUUUAUCGCCGAGCACCCAGGCAUGGUGAGCCCCGCCAACCUGAAGCGCUGGCUGCUGGACGAUGCCGGCAACUACAACGGCUGCCACUUCUGGACAAACUUUGAGAUCGUCGACCUGUCGUUCUACCGGUCGCCCGAGUACGAGGCGUACUUCCAGCAUCUGGAUCGCGCGGGCGGGUUCUUCUACGAGCGGUGGGGCGAUGCGCCGGUGCAUUCGAUUGCUGCAGCCCUGUUCCUCAACGCCUCGCAGACGCACUGGUUCGAGGACAUCGGAUAUUUCCACCCGGCGGUGGCAAAGUGUCCGUCGGGCUCAAACAUUCGCAGCAAGUGCGUGUGCGAUCCGCAGCGCUCCUUUGUCGAGAAGAGCUAC